UUAAAUGUCAAAAACACCAAAACAAAAAUAAACCGAAUGUUGUGUUGCCUUUUUUCUAGCAAUUCUUCUAAAAAGUAAUGUUUAAAAUUACUAAUAAUUUAAUUUCUCAAACAAAUCAGACAUAUUUCAAUGUUUUGAUUGAUAUUUGCUCCUUGUUUUAGCUUUAACUCCCUUUUAAAUAUUCUAAAUCAGCAUGUAUAACUUGAAUCACAAUAUUUUUGGUAACGUUAAAAUAGGACAAUUUAAUUAUCCUUUGCCUAAUUCGGGACAUGUAGAAAGUCAGCAACCUACUUACGAGGAGUAUCUAUCACCUCAGUUAUCGUUUGAUGAGACACAAGAUUUGAAACCUUUGGUCAUUCAAGAGAAUAAUGAAAUCGAUCAAUUGAAUCCAAAAGUAAGAAAAAAGAAAACACAAAUAUGCAAGGAAUGCAACAAAACACUUUCAUCACCUUCGAGUUAUUAUGUCCACAUGAAACAGCAUUCGAAUAGUAAACCAUAUAAUUGUACACAAUGCGAUGCUGCUUUUUGUAGAAAGCCUUAUCUAGAGGUACACAUGAGAGUCCAUACAGGCGAAAGACCCUACGAAUGUGAGACCUGCAAGAAGCGCUUUACUCAGAAAUCAAGUCUAAACACUCAUAAGCGAGGUCAUACAGGUCUACGCCCUUAUGCUUGUGGAAUUUGUUUGAAGAGAUUUACGGUAAAGGGUUAUUUAACAGCACACCAAUGGACGCAUGUGUCGGACUGUGGUAUUUCAUGCAACGAAUGUGAAAUGACGUUCACAAAUAAAAACCAGUACGCCCAUCACAUGCAAACGCACAAUAAAAGGGUGUUUGAGUGUGGAGAAUGUAAAAAGAGUUUUGCCAAACAGUCUUAUCUAAUCAGGCACGUCAAUAGGGUGCAUAAAAAGGGCACAGAAAACGACUAAAAGCACUGAACUAGUGAGUUAUUCAAAUUUGUAGGUUAGAUUCGAGCAAAAAUGUAUUUAAGGUAAUAGAUCAAAUCUGUAUUAGUGUAGUAAGUCCUAAAAUUUGUUAUUUAUUCGAAGAUUUUUGUUCUAUAUACAAGCUUUAUAUGUUCCCCGUUUGUGUUUAAGUAAUAAAAAAAAAACAAUGUUGGAUUUUUC